GUCGCCUAUAAAUUUAAAGAUUGUUUAAUGUACUCAUGAGAACAUAUUUUAAAAGUACCUAGUUGACAGGACGUGGACCCAGGGUAUACGACAAGGGUGAUGAAAAUGGUUUUACAGUUUUUCCUUGCAAUUCUUCUCAAUGUGGCUGUUUUUCAAGUGACGGGGGUUCAAAACUAUGAGAUUUUAACGAAGCUUGGUAAAGUUAAUGGCGUGAUUCAUCCUUCUCCUGGAGGAAAUGUUUACAGAUUCGCAGGAAUUCCUUUCGGCAAAUCCCCCACUGGUAGCAGACGUUUUCGUAAACCUCAGCCUUAUGGUUCGUGGAACGAAACUUUAGAUGCAACGAAAUUUGGCCCACCUUGCAUACAAUCGUUAAAAUCUCAGGUAUCCAAAACUGUAUCAGAGGACUGUCUACAGUUGAACAUUUACGUUCCUAAUAACAUGACAAGAGAGGUAAAGAGAAGUGUAAUGGUUUUUAUUCAUGGUGGAGCAUAUAUGGCUGGUUCUGCCAUAGAUGAAGAUGGAUCUAAGUUUGCCUCUUUUGGAAACGUCAUUUUGGUCACAAUAAACUAUCGACUAGGUAUAUUUGGUUUCCCGUCAAUGCAAAACCCAAACGUGGACGAAAAUGUCGGAAUUUGGGAUCAAAUGUUAGCUUUGGAGUGGAUUAAAAACAAUAUAGAUGACUAUGGUGGAAAUGCUAGUGAUGUAACAAUUUUUGGACAAUCUGCUGGUAGUUUUUCUGUCAAUUUACUUAUGAUGAUUCCACGUAAUAAAGGCUUGUUUCAUCGUGCAAUUCUUCAGAGCGGAACUGCAAAUUCUCUCCUUGCUUUUAAAAGGUCUUCCGAUUUAGGACACAGAAUUGGGAUGGAUGCGGGAUGCAGGGACCAAGAUCCUCGCAUGUUUUUGAAAUGUAUUCAAAAUUUAGAUGCUGGAUCACUCGUUAACAGUACUCUCGAUUAUUCUUCGAAUCUUGGUAUUAAUGUCUUAACUAAAAUUGUAUUUUCGCCAGUUCUGGAUAAGGACUUGUUUCAAAAAACACCGAUAGAAAUAAUCCACGAUAAGUCCUCCGCAGAAUUUCAAUUCUUUGAGUCUAUUGAUAUGAUCGUGGGCAACUGUGAUGAAGAAGGAGGCUAUGUGGCAGAAUAUGCUGCCUUAUUUGAAAAACAGUACAAUUUCAGUAGGAAAGACGGGAUUCCGAGACGAUUUUUAUGUGACGGGGUAAUACCAAGCAUUGUAGAACUUUAUUACAAAAACAGUUCCUCAAUAUCGGAGACAAUCUGUAGAGAAUAUUCAAGUAAUGACAAGGAUACCCAAAGUAUGAAUGCUGCCCACUUGCUGUCUGAUUUCCCCUUCAUUUCUUCGGCUGUGUCCGCAUUGCAAGCUCAUUCAUUUAAUCAAAAAUCAUCUACUUACCAGUACAUAUUCUCAGAAGAUAUCCGCCCAUUUUACACAAAUAUGCCUAAGUGGUAUCAUGGAGCGGUGCAUGGAACCGAACUUGCCUUUAUGUUUGUUGCAAAAGACAUGUAUCCUACUAAUUUUACUUUAUCUCAAGAUCAGAUGAAGUUUGCGAGGGACAUAAUAAAUUACUGGACAAAUUUUGCCAAAACAGGAAACCCAAAUGGUCCCGGUCUCUCGGAAUGGCGUCCUUUUAUGCCUUCUUUACAAUUCUUCAAACAACUGAGUAUGACGAAUACUACAAACGGCAAGGACUACCGAAAAGAACAAGUCAAGAUGUGGAACACUCUCAAUGACUCUGAGUAUCCGUUAUCUAGCGCCUCUUACCAACAAAUCAAGACCAUCUGGUUUGUUGUUGUAUUAUGUUGUAUAAUGAAAUUGUAUUCAUAGAUUAAUGACAAACAAUUAGGAUAUCUUAACGAAACUUCACUGUAUUUAUCAAUUUCUCUAUGAAUUUUAGAAAAAAAAUUAUAUCAUUUUUUUUUAUAUAGAACAAAAGCUGUUAACCCUGGAUAUUAAAAUCAUGAUUUAUUUAUGUAUUGAAUAUAUAUCAUAAUUAUGUAGAUUUGAAAAUACUUACUAUACCUACAUGAAUGAUCAUUUUCACAAUGUUACUAAAUUGCCUCUCCUUUUUACCUCAGAAAACUUAUAUUGUAUAAAUAUUAUGUAUCAUUUCUUCAGUGUAACUCUUUGGUUAUUAUUUCUAAUGCAAUCUCAAACAUAAAAAAAAUAAUAAUGAAUAGAUAAAUAAAUAAGUAAAUAAAUAAAUCACAAGAAGUAACUCUCAUUUGAAAAAUAACCAGUAGAAUAUUAUUGUUAUAUUCUUAAAGUGUACCUUGCCAAUUUUUGAUGAUUCUUGUGUAUAUAAAAGACCCGAAAAAGACAAUUGUUUACUUGUUAAAGGAUUUUUGAUUGAUUUGAUGUACAUGUAAACGUAAUACAAUAUAAAAUACUUUACAUCGAAGCAAUUGACUGUUUCAUAUAGAUAUGUUAGAUACAUUAAAUUUUAUGUUCAAUCUUUACAGGCAAUUCAUAAUAGUGUUCCAUUAAGAGUUUGUCAAUAGUAUCAUUAAAGAAAACUCCUCUUCUGUU